UAAAUGGGUUUCCCCGUUGGGGCCAUUAAUGAGAGAGAGGCUCUCUGCAGUUUAAAUCAAAUACAAGAAGCGCUCCUCCUCUUCCUCGCGCCGCCCACAUAGAGAAGACGAGGCGAGGGAGGAGAGGAGGGAAGAUUAGGGUUUACUCUUGUGGGCAGCCGGGAGCGAGAUGGAGGUAGGCGAGGGUGAUGCCCCGGCGGAGGUGGAGGCGGAGGCGGAGGCGAAGCGGAACCCCCGGUGCUACAUGGACGUUACCAUCGGAGGGGACAUGGAGGGGCGGAUCGUGGUGGAGCUCUUCGCAGGAGUGGUGCCGAGGACUGCAGAGAACUUUAGGGCGCUCUGCACCGGAGAGAAGGGCGUCGGGCCCAAUACCGGCGUUCCCCUCCACCUCAAGGGUUCAUGCUUCCAUCGUGUCAUUAAAGGUUUCAUGAUACAAGGGGGAGAUAUAUCUGCAGGUGAUGGUACUGGAGGAGAAUCGAUAUAUGGAUUAAAGUUUGAGGAUGAAAACUUUGCAUUGAAACAUGAAAGAAAAGGAAUGUUGUCAAUGGCCAAUUCUGGUCCUAACACCAACGGCUCCCAGUUCUUUAUCACUACUACUCGAACACCUCAUCUAGAUGGAAAACAUGUUGUGUUUGGAAAGGUUCUUAAGGGUAUGGGAGUGGUUCGGUCAAUUGAGCACACUCCUGUUGGUGAUGCUGAUUGUCCCACUGUUGAUGUUGUAAUUGCUGACUGUGGUGAACUUCCUGAGGGGGCUGAUGAUGGUGUGUCAAACUUCUUCAGAGAUGGUGACUUCUAUGCUGAUUGGCCUCUUGACCUUGAUGACAAACCGAGUGAGGUUUCUUGGUGGAUGAACGCUGUCAACUCUGCUAAAACAUUUGGGAAUGAUUACUUCAAGAAACAAGAUUAUAAGAUGGCUCUUAAAAAAUACAGGAAAGCUAUGCGCUACUUGGACGUAUGUUGGGAAAAGGAAGAGAUUGAUGAAGAGAAGAGUUUGUUGUUGCGGAAGACUAAGUCAAUUAUACUGACAAAUAGUUCUGCUUGCAAAUUGAAGUUGGGAGAUCUGAAAGGUUCCCUGUUAGAUGCUGACUUUGCAUUGCGUGAAAGAGAGGGUAAUGCGAAAGCUUAUUUCCGCCAAGGUCAGGCAUACAUGGCUCUUAACGACGUGGAUGCUGCAGUUGAAAGCUUCAAGAAUGCAUUGGAGAUAGAGCCGAAUGAUGGAGGCAUAAAGAGAGAGCUUGCAGCUGCUAAGAAAAAGAUUGCUGAUAGACGAGACCAGGAACGGAAGGCAUAUUCCAGAAUGUUCCAGACCUCUGUCAAACCAGAAGAAAAUAACGAGGAAUGGCUGAUGCAAUCUGAGCUUUGUCUGAAUUUUUUUGCAUGAAUUUUCUGGAUACAUGGCUCCUAUACAUCAGAGUUUUGAUUAGCAUAAAGAGUUUUCAGCUGCAGGUAUACAGUUGGGGCUGAGGAGACAAGUUUUCGGAUCCCUUGAGCUGGAAAAACAUGAGAAAUUCUCUCAAAUCAUUUCUUUUCCUUUAGACUUACAACUGACCUUUUUGGCCAUGGAUACAUUCAAACAUUUUGUUGGAUUCUGCAGAUAAAAACUUUUUGUUUCCCAGAUAUUUAAAUACUAUUUUCUGAUCUGGUGCUUUAAGAAAGUAUUACCAUUCUUUGGAUCAA